AUGAAACUGAGUUCUCGUGCAGUGCAAAUAGUUACAUUCGUAAUGCAAGGAGGUGAUGGAAGUUACUGCCCGCUAAAAGAGCUCUGGUGGAAUAUGGGCCUCUUCGACUCCACAGCUUUCCUCAUUACUCUAGCAAAUGCGUCCAGGGUGAUCGGUCAAUACCCUCCGUAUGGAACCAAGGAAACUCCUGAAGCAAUCACAUACUACACCAAAUCAGUACGAUCUCUUCAAGGAAGAAUAGAGAGCCUCGAGGACCGAUUGAGUGAGGGUGUAAUUGUUGCAGUUCUUGAAUUUGCGUACUACGAUUUUGUAUCGCAAAAUCUCCCACGAUGGCUCAUCCAUAUGAACGGCUUUCAUGCUAUUAUUGCUCGUCGUGGAGGAUUGAUGUAUCAGGAUCCUUCAUAUUUGAUAGAAAACCCUUCUUUCCGCCACCUCACCAUCUUUCCCAUGACGUGA